AUGAUGUCGGUCAUCGUGCGCGUGGCCGGCCUGUUCGGACUGAUGGUGUCGGAGCCAAAGACGGAGAUCAUGUGCAUGCUGCCAAAAGGGAUCGAGGAACGCCCGUUCACGGUCAGCGCCGCCGGCCAGACGUACAAGCAGACAGAUCGGUUUGUGUACCUCGAACGUACCAUCUCCGCGGACGGGAAGGCCGACCGGGAGAUCACGAGCCGCAGCUGCCGAGCGUGGAAGUGCUACCGCCGGAACAGUGCUUCGAUGUACGACAGGCGACGGGCCAACCGCCAGCUCAAGAUCCGGCUACUCCAGGCUGAAGUGGUGGAGCAUCUCCUGUAUGGGUGCGCCUCGUGGAGCCUAACAGCGGAGCACUACACGAAGCUCAAUGGGACCCACCGCCAGUUCCUUACACGGUGCAUCGGCUGGAGCAAGCGGAAACGCUCAGACCGCCCCCUGUCCUAUGCCCAGGCCCUCAUCCAGGCAGGCUGCGAGGAAACCAUCGAGGCCACCGUGCGCAAACGGAGACUGUGUUUCGCGGGCUUUGUUAUGCGCAUGGAGGACAGCCGCCUCCCCAAGCGCAUGCUGUUAGGAGCGAUGGCGGGGGGCGUGGGAUACCGGGGCGGGCAGGAGAGCGACUGGGUGUCUCGUCUGGGAGAGGACCUCGUGGCCUCAACAUGGGAGACGAAAAGGAAGGGGGUAAAUGGAAAGAGAGCGCCAAGGACCCGGAGGUGUGGUACAACAAGGUCGAGGACGGGGCGGCAUGGCUCAUGAGGAAAUGGCAUAGACGGGAG